AAAAAACAAGAAACUAUGACUCAGACUCACAGGGAGUGUAUUUGUCUGUUGCAGACAAUGGCUGGAAACAGAAGUUUACUGAUUCAAGUGCUUUCUCUUUUACUGAGCUCUGUUUGCAGAGCUGGUCCACAGAGAGGGAUUCCAGCUCAAAGCCCACAAGCUCUUGGGUUCCAGCAAACUGAACAGAGGUUUUUACCCCAACAGCAAACUGACCAACAGUUUCAGAAGCCGGUUGUGCAGUCAGAACCUCUUGACAAGUGUGCUGUAGCUGAUUAUGAGCAGAUCCAGUGUGGACAACCUGGUAUCAGCGGUGCGGAGUGUGAAGCUAUAAACUGCUGCUUUAAUGGACAGCAGUGUUAUUAUGGGAUGUCAGUGACUGUCCAGUGUAUAAGAGAUGGUCAGUUUGUGUUAGUGGUGGCUAGAGAUGUCACUCUGCCUCGUCUGAGUCUGGACACGGUCCGUCUGCUGGGUGGAAAUGAAGCACCUUGUGGUCCUGUUGGUUCCACACCUUCCUUUGCCAUAUACCAGUUUCCAGUGACUGCCUGUGGCACCAGCAUGAUUGAGGAAAAUGGUUAUGUGGUGUAUGAGAACAGAAUGACUUCAUCCUAUGAAGUGGGGAUUGGACCUCUUGGCUCCAUCACAAGGGACAGUCAUUUUGAACUUCUCUUCCAGUGCAGAUAUUUUGCCUCUGCUGUGGAAGCUGUGGUUGUGGAGGUCAACACUGUUCCACCACCUCCACCUGUAGCUGCUCCUGGACCCCUCAGGGUGGAACUUAGACUGGCAAAUGGCCAAUGUGUCACUAAAGGCUGUGCAGAAGGAGAUGAUGCGUACAUGUCCUACUAUGGUGAGGAUGAGUAUCCAGUCACUAAAGUCCUGCGAGAUCCUGUGUAUGUUGAGGUGCGUAUUUUGGAGAGAACUGACCCCAAUCUUGUCCUGAUGUUGGGGCGCUGUUGGGCGACAUCAACCCCUAGUCCUCUCAGUCUACCCCAGUGGGAUCUUCUAGUUGAUGGAUGCCCUUACCAGGAUGAUCGUUACCUGACUGCACUGGUUCCUGUAGUUGGCUCGUCUGGUCUUCAAUUCCCAACCCACUACAAGCGCUUUGUGGUGAAGAUGUUCACAUUUGUGGAUCCAGCGUCACUGGCCCCUCUGCAGGAGACUAUCUACAUUCACUGUAGUACAGCGGUGUGCCACCCUGCUUCUGGCUCCUGUGAACCGAGCUGUGCCAGGAAUAGGAGAGAUGUUGCUGACAAGAGGCGUGAAGAAACCGUGGUUUCCAGUGGAGGGAUUUUCUUAACAAUGUAAACUGAAUUGCCCUUUUUAAUAAAGCCAUUGGUCUCAAGCAUUUGUAUUAGUGUGUUUUCAGUGGUUUUCUCCCCAGUGAGGAUUAGGGGGUUGUUCUGGUAUAAACUGCAACUGAAGUGGUGUAAGGUUAAAGAACUGAAAACUAGCAAACUGAUGGUUUUGAGUGUUCUGUAGUGGUAGUAAUACUAAAUGUUUAAUUUAUAUAGUGCAUUUCCCAGGCUCAAGGACGCUUUACGAGGGACACCAAUUCAAUAAAUCAUGGUAAAAUGACAACUAAACUGGCAUUUGGACAUUUGCCCAAUCGAGGUCACAAAAAGGCAGUUGCAUAAUGUCAUGAAGACAACAUGAAAAGGUUUGUACAAUAAACAAUAUGAAGGGAACAAAAAUAAGACGAAUACACAAUGCAAAUGAUGGUAUUCAAUACGUUCAAGUGAUAUCCAGGUUAGAAAGUCUAUCAAAGGAGGAAUAAACAUUAUAACUGAUCGUGUUGAGUGAACAAGUAUGUUUAGAGCAAUUGUUCUGAGUGCUAAGGGGAGCGAGUUCCAAAGUUUGGGUGCCGUGACAGAAAAAGACCUCCAGCCUAUUAAAAAUAAACUGAACCUAGGCGUGCACACACAGAAGUUCAGACGUGGAAGACCGGAGCGAACGAGAGUGAAUAUAUGGGGAGUAGGUUGGAAAGCUAGGAAGGAGCAAUGCCACUGAGUGCCUUGAAAGUGAGCAGGAGAGUUAUGUAUUUCAUACGCGAAGAUAACUGCAACUCGUUGAGAUUAAAUAAAAUAAUCCUAUUUUUAUUUGAUAUAGAGCCAUUAAAAGUUGCUUUCUCAAAUUGUUUCAUGGCAGACAUCACGUCAGGUAAAACACAAAAACAAAUAAUCCAAUCAAGUGAAAGCAAUACUAAAAUAAAGUUUUAAGAGAUUUAAAAGUCGCUAGUGAAUUUGCCUCCCUGAUGUCAGCCGGGAGAGAGUUCUAGGUCUUAGGAGCGUAUGAGGAGAAUGCUCUAUCACUCAUCGAGUUAAGCCAUGUCUUGGGAACAACUAAAAGACCACACUGAGAAGAAUGCAAAUUUCGACGUUGUAAGGCAAUAACAGAUCAGACAGGUACUGAGGAGCCAGGUCAUGCAAAGCCUUAAAUUUUAACAUAUGGAUUUGAAAAUCAAUACAGUACCUGAAAGGGAUCCAGUGUAAGGACUCCAAAACAGGAGAAAUAUGAUCACCAGACCUGACCCCAGACAGAAUUCUAGCCGCCGAGUUUUGUACAUAUUGCAGUUUGUUAACGGAGGUUUUAGAUACUACAGCAAGAAGACCGUUACAAUAGUCAAUACUUGAAAAAAAUUAAGAAUUUAUCAACGUCUCAGCAACCGAAAGGACCACAAAGGACGUUAGCGAGCUAUAUUUCUCAGAUGGAAAAAGGAUGUCUUAACCGUAUUCUGAAUAAAGGCUCAAAUGACAGCGAAGCAUCAAAACUGACUCCAAGAUUUGUUUUGUUUGCUUUGAAACUCCAAGGCAGCUCCAUCGAUAGAUAGAGUUAUAGAGCUUGCAUUUCGCAGCUGAUGGGAGAGCCAAUGAGCAUAACUUCGGUUUUGGAGCCAUUUAGAGACAGAAAAUUAUCAGGUGACAAAGUAGGGGUGAUAUGAGCAGAUAUUUUGUGGAAGUUAGUGUUCUGGCAGCAGAACUUUGAAUGUACUGCAAACGGGAGAUGGGGUGAGCUGGUAAACCAGAAAAAAGUGUGUUACAAUAGUCAAGGCGAGACGUAGUCAAUGCAUGAACUAAUGAUUCUGCAUCUUCUCUGCUGAUAAAAGGGCGAAGUUGCACAAUUCGACGAGGCUGGGAAAAAGCAGCUUUGGAGAGUUUGUGGAUGUAGGCAUCCAAGGUCAGUGAAGGGUGGAAAAAUAGAAGCAGCGUCAAUGUCAAGGCUAUAAACCUUUGUUUUAGUUUUUUUUUCAGAGAUGGAAGACCAGUUCUUAAAAUUUCUGUUUUAUUCAAGUUCAGUCUAAGAAAAUUCAACUAUGGCCAGACUUUUAACUCACUGACACAGGAAGAUAAUGAGGCCAUCAAGUGGAUAGAAUCUGGCUGACAAGCAGUAUAUAUCUGGAUGUCAUCCACAUAACAGUGGUAAUUAAAACCAUGGCGGAGAGGACACAUUUAUACAGCAGUGCUAAAAUGAACAGGUCAAGGGGUGUGUUCCAAAUGGAGUAAAACCACAUCAGAGGUGCUUGUUAAAGUGGAAACCGCCAAGUCUACCAUACAGAAGAGCUGUUCCAAACUGAAGUGCUCAAAUCUGAUCGCCUCAAAGGCUGUUUAGGAUGAUGUAUUUUGAAGGGUACACCUGAUGGACCAUGCACUCUCAUGAGUCUGUGUGGUGGGUACAACUGAUGGACCAUUCACUCUCAUGAGUCUGUGUGGUGGGUACAACUGAUGGACCAUUCACUCUCAUGAGUCUGUGUGGUGGGUACAACUGAUGGACCAUUCACUCUCAUGAGUCUGUGUGGUGGGUACAACUGAUGGACCAUUCACUCUCAUGAGUCUGUGUGGUGGGUACAACUGAUGGACCAUUCACUCUCAUGAGUCUGUGUGGUGGGUACAACUGAUGGACCAUUCACUCUCAUGAGUCUGUGUGGUGGGUACAACUGAUGGACCAUUCACUCUCAUGAGUCUGUGUGGUGGGUACAACUGAUGGACCAUUCACUCUCAUGAGUCUGUGUGGUGGGUACAACUGAUGGACCAUUCACUCUCAUGAGUCUGUGUGGUGGGUACAACUGAUGGACCAUUCACUCUCAUGAGUCUGUGUGGUGGGUACAACUGAUGGACCAUUCACUCUCAUGAGUCUGUGUGGUGGGUACAACUGAUGGACCAUUCACUCUCAUGAGUCUGUGUGGUGGGUACAACUGAUGGACCAUUCACUCUCAUGAGUCUGUGUGGUGGGUACAACUGAUGGACCAUUCACUCUCAUGAGUCUGUGUGGUGGGUACAACUGAUGGACCAUUCACUCUCAUGAGUCUGUGUGCUGUGUACAACUGAUGGACCAUUCACUCUCGUGAGUCUGUGUGGUGGGUACAACUGAUGGACCAUUCACUCUCAUGAGUCUGUGUGUGACAGUGCCUCAAUCACACCUGCAUGGAAGUUUCUAGUGGUCGAGGACUCCGAUCUUGUCCUGAUGUAUCAUACAUUACACACAUUGAUUAAUUUCGAAUUAUUUCGCAUUUGUGCUCUAUGGUUCCACCUGAAGGCGACAUCACGAAUCUCACCUCCCAAAACACUUAAUCAUCAAAGCAGUUAUCAUCUGAUGGGUCAGAAAAAGCUAUUAUGUGUAAUGUAAGUGUUUUACCGGUCUCAUACUGAAGGUCUGAUGGGUUUUGCUGUCUCGUGGACAAAUUGAUAAGAUGUUUUAAUUUGAUGUCUUCUUAGGGCUGGUUUAUUAGACAUUUUUUAUAUUAUGUCACAAUAAUAGACUGGCAUGUACAAUUAAAAUCAACUGCCUCUCCUAUUAGCAAUGACUGUACAAAAAAAGGUGGAAAAUAGAAGAAAUAGUAAAACCUCGUGUCUCUCAGAAAAAAGCAAACUUUGCUCUCAACCAUUGGAAAACCUGUAGCAGCUAAACUUGGCUUUACAAAUGUAACUACAUUGCUGCAGAAAUACUUAAGAGACCAUUUCAAAUUAAUUUUCAGUUUUUUGGAAUUGACUAUUUAUAGGUAUGUGUUUAGAUAAAAUGAUCAUUUUUGUUUUAUUAUGUGAACUACUAACAAUAUUUCUUCCAAAUUUAAAAUAAAAUAGUUUCUAUUUGCAUUUAUUUGCAGAAAAUGAGAAAAUGGAGAAGCAGGUCAAAAUAACAGAAAAUAUGCUCUGUAUUUUCUUUUUAGACCUCAAAUACUGCAAAGAAAAAGUUCAUAUUCACUUUUAACCAAUACAACAGUAAUAUUUCUACAUGUAUUUGGGGAAAGAAAAAAAUAUGAGAUAACCUCGAUUUUUCAUGUGUCUUGUCAUGCUGUCAGUCUUUCACAUUGCUUUUGGAUGACUUUAUGUCACUCCUGAGGUUUGAUUUAGUUGAAAUUCAAUAGACACUGGACUGAAAUGACCACAAUACCUCUAGAAAUAGUGAUUAAAUGAACAUUUGGAAUGGUCUGUUAAUUAUUCCACAGCUGUAUAUAGGUAACUUAAAAACUGAAAAUGUUAACCAUCAUACAUGUUUCACAUUCUUUCUGAUUGCACUCGUCUUCCACGUAUCAUGCACAUGCAGGGUAACAUUCACAUUUAAGUGUGUCUGCUUUCUAAUCGACUUUUAAAUAACCUUUUGAAGUAUGCUUGUUUAACAAUGGCUAAGUAAAUCAUUUUUAUGGCUGUUAAUACAUCACAGGUCAAAGAGAGUUUAGGUCACAUGACAAUGAAAACAUGGCAGAUGUUGAAUAUAUUCAUAGAGCAUAUUAGUUGAUAGGUGUGUACUUCAUCUAAUUCAGUAUGUACUAUCACAGUAUUUUAUGUCAGACGCAGCCCUGCAUUUAGAUCUUAUGU